GUGGGGCAAAAAAAAGUUGAAGGUUUCUGACGGGAAGAGAAGAGCAGCGCGCCACUCUGGAUUUUGACGGGGAUCGAUCCCGCCACCGGUUGCUGGUUUUACGCUGGUCACCUGGAGCACGUUUCACUUCUUCCUCAAUCGGAGUUGAUGUGUUUUGCGCCUCAUGAUCGAUAGUCGCUGGGAUGGAAAUGUUGGAGCUGCUCGGAUGAAACCGGACCGAACCGAGGCUUCAGAUCACUUGGAAAUAUUUGCAAUCAGGUACUGUGUAUAUUCUCCAGCUCUAAUGGUAGCAGUUAGAAAAUCUCACCUGUGAGAGGACUGAAACACCUCACCAUGACAGAGGACCAGAAUCCAUGGCCACAAGGCACAGAGUGUGUGGCAAGGUACAACUUUAAAGGGACAUCAGAGCAGGAUCUGCCAUUUAACAAAGGAGACGUCUUGACAAUCAUUGUUGUCACAAAGGAUCCAAACUGGUACAAAGCUAAAAAUGCAGCUGGCCAGGAGGGGACGAUUCCAGCCAACUAUGUCCAGAAAAGAGAACGUGUUAAAACUGAUGGAAAACUGAGCCUAAUGCCAUGGUUUCAUGGGAAGAUAACUCGGGAUCAGGCAGAGCGACUCCUCAACCCCCCGGAGACGGGCCUGUUCUUGGUGCGGGAGAGCACCAACUUCCCCGGCGACUACACGCUCUGCGUGAGCUGCGACGGGAAAGUGGAGCACUACCGAAUCAUCUACCACAACGGCAAGCUCACCAUUGACGAGGAAGUUUAUUUCGAGAACCUCAUGCAGCUGAUGGAGCACUACACCAAAGAUGCUGAUGGACUGUGCACCAAACUUAUUAAGCCAAAGCUAGAGGAGGGAACUGUAGCUGCUCAGGAUGAGUUUUCCAGGAGUGGCUGGUCAAUGAACAGGAAAGACUUGAAGCUGCAGCAGGUUAUUGGAAAGGGAGAAUUUGGAGAUGUCAUGGUGGGAGACUACAGAGGAACUAAAGUUGCUGUGAAGUGCAUUAAAAACGACGCAACAGCACAGGCUUUUAUUGCUGAAGCUUCAGUCAUGACGCAAAUGCGUCACGAUAACCUGGUCCAGCUGCUCGGUGUGAUUGUAGAGGAGAAUGGAAGUCUUUAUAUAGUUACAGAAUAUAUGGCUAAGGGCUGUUUGGUUGACUACUUGCGAUCCAGAGGCCGUACAGUUCUUGGUGGAGAUGCACUCCUUAAGUUUGCCAUAGACGUCUGUGAAGCUAUGGCGUACCUGGAGACCAACAACUUUGUUCAUCGAGAUCUAGCAGCGCGAAACGUUCUCGUAUCAGACGACAACAUUGCCAAAGUCAGUGACUUUGGUUUGACCAAAGAGGCUUCUUCCACUCAGGACACUGCCAAGCUGCCAGUGAAGUGGACUGCACCAGAAGCUCUCAGAGAAAAGAAAUUUUCCACCAAGUCUGAUGUUUGGAGCUAUGGUAUUUUGCUAUGGGAGAUUUACUCGUUUGGGCGAGUCCCUUAUCCAAGAAUUCCAUUGAAAGACGUAGUUCCGCGAGUGGAGAAAGGAUACAAAAUGGACUGUCCCGAUGGCUGUCCUGAAGUCGUGUAUAACAUCAUGAAACAAUGCUGGAACCUGGAUCCUGGAGCUCGACCAAGCUUUCAGAUGUUGAAGGAGUGGCUACACCAUAUCAGUCAAAAAAAGUGAAUUUCACUCAGUUAUUUUUAUUUUCACAAUGUGGACCGAAAAUAAUGAUAAAAAUGAAAGUUUUACAGAUAAAAUUAUAUAUUUUCAACCACUGUAACUUUAUUUCAUAAAACAUGCUCUUCUAAACGAUGUCCUGUCAUGUCAAUUUGCUCAGACUGGGUUGGAUUUUUUGAAACUUUCUGAACUUUAUUAGUAAAAAUGACAGAUUAUCUCUACUAUUUGACAGAUUUUAUUUUAUAAAAAUAUCAUUUGUAAUUAAUAUCUAUUGUAAUGUCAAUGGCAUUUUUCAAGUUUAGAUUAUUGUUUUGAGAUUUUUAAAUGAAUUCAUCCAGUUUCUAAGAGAAAGUUCUUUUCCCUUUCCUUCAUAAAGAGGAACAUCAUUUUGAAAUAUUCCCUGCAUUGUAUCUCGCUGUUCUCAGGUACACAUGAAUGUUGAGCCAUUUUGUUGCUAGAACUAAAAUAAGUGCAAUUAUGCAUUGAUCAUGUAUGUGUUUAGCAACAUCACGUUUGCUCCACAGUCUGCAAACCACAACAUAGCUCACAUCAUACCAGCAUCCUGUUCAGUUUUUCUGCAUUGUUUUUGUUUAAAAUGUUCAA